CCGGUUGAGCGUUAGUCGCUUGAAAGCGGAGAAGCUCGGGCAUACAUCCUUCACAGCGCCCCGCUGGAAAUCCUGGAGUAACGAAUUAAUUAAUCAACGUUUACAGAGUUUCGUAAAAUGGAGCGGAGGGGUCGAUUCCGUGGUUUUCCUUAAGAGCAGCAUCGCUGAUUCUGAAGCAGUCAUAGGAAACAUUUUCUGUCCAACUGUGACUUCUUUUAGCUUUUGUUUUUCACGCAACUAUUGCGAGUCCGAGCCCUGGACUUUAGAUGCCAGCAGUUAUGACAAUGCUAGCAGAUCAUGCAGCACAGCAGCUGCUGGACUUCAACCAGAAACUAGACAUCAACCUUCUGGACAAUGUGGUGAACUGUCUGUACCAUGGAGUGGGACCUCAGCAAAGAAUGGCCCAGGAGGUGUUAACACACUUGAAAGAACACCCAGAUGCAUGGACCAGGGUGGACACCAUCCUGGAGUUCUCUCAAAACAUGAACACCAAAUACUACGCUCUCCAGAUACUGGAAACGGUUAUCAAAACCAGAUGGAAGAUUCUUCCCCGCAAUCAGUGUGAAG